AUGUCACAUCAAUACAUCAAAACUGAUCCUGCUCUCCAAGAAGAUCAAGAGGAUUUACUCAUGUCGUAUCUAAACUCUGAUUACAUGGCGCCUUCAGUAGCUUCACCGACUCCAGCAACUCCCAAAGUCAACUCGAUCCAAGAGACGAAAUACUCAGCUUCAAUGACUUCUUUGGACUUUGAUGGCAAUGUAGAAGAGUACUGGCAGUCAACUCCCUCAACUCCUAAUGACGAUUUGUUCCGUCAGCAGCAAGCAAUUGCCUCUUGUUUUCAUCCCAAUGUCUUGAACGGUAACUUGCAAUAUGUCAUUCCUAGCCACGAUCAGAUGCAACAGCAAUCAAUUGGUGCGUAUAUAGGCAACGCACUCACCACGAGUAUGAUGUACGCACCUCAAUAUUACCCUGCGCAGCACAGCAAUCACCUCUUACAACAACAGCCUGCAUCUCCAAGGUCUUUAAGCUCCUACUCGUCGUCUUCUUCCGAAAAUGAGCAGCCUAGAAAGAAGCGUGGACGAAAGAAGCGUGUUUCAUGUCAUAGUGUGGCGUCUUCCACUAGUCGUGGAAGCCUGACACCGCCACCUACACAAUCUUUGACUACACCGGCUGCCAUUGCGCCUGCUCCCAUGAAGCAUCUGCCUAUUAUCUUGCCUGCAGCCAGCACCAACAACAGCCACGCAUUACAUCAAAACACUGUUACAAAGCAAGAAUCCGUCAUUACAAAAAAGGAAACCUUGAUUGAGGCAGAAGUGUCCCAGAUUCUCAAGCAAGGCACUGCUGCUACUAAAUCACCUGCUCCUGUUGUCAAUUCCAACGCAGAUUUACAAAAGGCAGCUACCAUUGCAAAACGUCAAGAAAGGCUAAUCAAGAACAGAGCUGCAGCUUUACUUUCUCGUAAAAGAAAGCGAGAGCACUUAUCUGCUUUGGAAGAGCAAUGCGCGGAUCUCACAAGUGUGAAUCAGAAUUUAUUGGAUAAGGUUUCGCAAUUGGAAAAGGAGAACAUGGAAUUGAAAAAGAGGUUGGACGGAAAACAACAACCAAAUGUUACAGUGGAGAAAUUGGGUGGCGAUCUUUUGUCUAUGAUGAUUUUGUGCUAUGUGGUCUUUAUCAUGUCGUUUUCUUCGUACCCUGCUGAAGGAUUGGGAGGUUUAUUCACAAAUACUAAACUAGCUUAUGAUUUAAUUGAAAGCUCUUCUUCUUCUACAUUGGUGGCUGCCACUACUACUAAUGGUUUCCAGUUAGGGCCAUAUCACCAAGAAUGUACAUCUGAUAAACAUAAACAAACAUUUGUAGUGGCAUCGACAAAAAAAAGAACGAAUCUUGAAAACAGAGGUCGAUUCCAAAGAGUGCCACUAUAA